UGGACCGCUUUGCUGGCAGAGAGGCAGGGAGAGGCUGGCAGAGAUGCCUUUGGUCUGAGGCUGUGCUAGUGACGCCCUCCUUCCCUCUGGGUCAGGAUGGAGAAGGACCCNACCACUCACAGGAAGCACCGGCCUGGGCCUGGAGCCCUGCCCUCGGGAAUAACCCCUGCAUACCUCAAGGUGNCCAGUGAAGGGGCGGAACUCCAGAGGAGCAGGAGUGUGGGUGGCUUGCACCAGAAGGGGGAUCCACCAGUCUGCAUCAGGAAGCUGCUACGCAAGGAGCUAGACUCUGAGGACCAAGGCAAAGACCCAAGAAGUGACACGGAUGACGGCACCUAUCGGGCGAGCCUAGAGGAUGACAGGAAGAAAGGGAGCCAGGAUGAGGUGGAAAAAAUGGACCUCAAGUGUGCAAAAAUGGACCCAGAGAAGAGUGACUCAGAGGCCAGUGCUACAGGGGAACAGGACGAUGCCUGCAAAGGACGAUGUAUCUCUGCAGCUGAGGAGCAGCAUUCAGAGUCCACGAAGCUGGAUCACCUUCUAGAAAAGCAGAAACCAUCUGUGUUUGUGGAGAUCGACCUGGGAGACCACACUGAGGAGGAGGUGAUCACCUGUGCCAUCAGAGAAGAGAAGAGGCUCCCCACCAUAGGAGACUUGUCCGAAGAUGAGAUAAGGACCAGCUGGGUAUGNUGCAUCCCGUACCACACAAAGAAGAAGGCAAAGGAAAACACCAGUGCUUUGGAGAAGGUAGUGGAGGCCUGGAGGGCAAAGAAGGGUGGGGCUCUGNGAAGCUAG